CUUGAAAGCGCCUCCAGAGGAAAGAGAGUCCCUAGUCCUUGCUCAUGGACAAGCGCCUGCUUCUACGAGUAGUGGACGCCAUGACUACGAGCAUUGCGAGACGGACUCACAAAUGGGGUCUGCAGGACUAGAACAGGAAGUUGACGAAGAUAGUGGAACCUGCUCUGCGUCAUCGAAUUGUAGCUAUGGCAGAUGCCGGAUCAGACGCUGUUGUCAAAUACUGGGGAUACUGUUUUUACUAUUGCUGAUAAAACGGACUUUUGUGGAUGAUUUAUGGUCCUCAUCUACUCCAUCAAGUGAUGGCACUAGCAAAACUGGUGCAGGGGAAGCAGAUGAAUCUUCUACUAGCAGCACCAAAAGUUUAGACCCUGUCACGGCAGAAGCAAAACGGAAGUUCUAUUCCUCUCCUAGUAGCUCUGCAAUUUCUAGGACCUCCUCUUCCUCUUCUAGUGGCAGUAUGCUUGCUUCUUGGAGGGGUCCUGUGUGGGACACAGCCACAGACGUAUGCACUCCCUUAGUAGAGCCUUCCUUUUCGGAGCAUGCGCUAGCAGUGACGGACCGCCUAGAAAACGAUAUGACAUUUCAAACGAAACUUGAAAAGGCGAAAAAAAGUCUAGAGGGAGAGCGAGAAGGUCCUGCUAGUAAAGUAGAUGCAACUACUGCUUCUUCGAGUUCUGGAUCUGGAGUUGGUUCUGGUGGUCGGAGCCCUGGUCCAGAUUUCAGUUUUGUUGACGACAUCUUCGCAGCACUGCAACUACAGACCACUGACCACGAGAAUAAAGGAAGUACUAGAGGCUUGAUGAAUCAUGAAGACCAGUUUCAGGACAAGUGCUUAGACUUCGUUCGAAAGCGCGGCUAUUUCUUGGAUUCUCCAUUUUCCGAAGAGGAAGCUUCGUUCCCGCUGGCAUAUAUUGUAUGAAACACGACUUUCACUUUCUUAUUUUUCUUGCUAGUCUAGCUACAACAACGUCUAGCACUGUAGUUCUCUGUCUUCGAUCUUCGAUACUACUCAGACUGAACAAGGAAAUGGAAAAAGACGUCUAGAUACUACUUCUAAACGAAGUCAUGAUCUUGUAAAGAUAUGUUCUCUUACGAACAAUUGUCCCGUAGAUUCACUUCUCUUGUAUUUUUCGGCUCUUAUCUCAAGCCUACCAGAUAUUCUCGUUCAUCUCCUUUUUCAUCCCCUUUUCGUCUACUUUUCUCACCUUCCCUCCAUUUCCUUCAAUAUCACUUCUGGUGCAUCGUGAGAUUGCUCAACUCGAAAGACUGCUGCGUGCGAUUUGGCACCGGCAAAACCACUACUGCAUCCACGUGGACGUAAAAGCUUCUCCUGCUUUCCGCAACCAAGUCCGUGCUUUGGUUCAUUGCUUGAAUAUCGCAAGAGGUAGAAUGGCAUCGGGUGUUGUGGGCGAGGAGAAAAAGAGCACUACGACAUCUUCAUCUUCAUCUCUUGACGUGGCGUAUCCUUCAGCAAAAGAAGGAAGUACUUUUCUGGUCUCCGAUCCAGUGGCAGUCUAUUACGCCAGUUACACUCGUGUUGAAGCAGACUUGAGAUGCCUGAAUGAUCUCGCUUUUGUGGAUUACAAAUAUGUGGUCAACCUCUGUGGCCAAGAUUACCCACUGAAGACAAACCUCGAACUGGUCAGGGAUUUCAAAGCGUUGAACGGACGUGGCGAAACCUUCAGCGUUGACCCCAAUUGGGAAGACAAGCUUUGGCGCGUUCGAGAAUAUUGGCAGAUCAAACCCCGUUAUCGAGCGUGGAUCAACAACGAGAGAUCCUGCGAUGGCGAGGAGGUAUGCAGGCAGCGCAAAGAACAUGCUAAGGAGUUGGAUCGUGACUGGCGAAAGUUUCUUCGAGUGGUAGUAUCGAAAACCGAAAAGGAUAGUCUUCCGUUGCCACCGCAAGCUAGUUAUCUGCCAGAGAGUUUCUGGAAAGAGAAAGACGAACAGGCUAGUAAAACACUGCUACAAGAAGCAGGUAACACCAAAACCUCCACAGCUGCCAGCACAACUACAUCUGCCGUCGCGGCACCUACAUCUGCCUCUUCGUCGUCUUCAGGUCAACUUGCUCUUCUAGCACAAAACAAUGCUUACGAGGAUACCACUUUUCUCGAAAGGGAUGAUAGCAAAGCAAGGCCUACGACAAAUACGAAUUGGUUUGGAUCUCCUCUUGGUCCGGUAACUGGCCUCUUCAUCGGAGGUGCUUACUAUGCACUACCGAAGCCGAUGAUUAUGGCUCCUCUCUAUAUUAGAUUUUUUUUCAUCUCAACCUCAAGUGGAAAGAUAUGUUUUUUGACUAUCUAAGGUUCACAUGCCUAUAUUAGAUUUGAUCAGCAUCAGUUUUGUUUUGCCCUCACCUGCUCAGGGAAUACUCUGCAAGUGGAUUGGAAGAAUUUGUUAGUUCGUGAAUUGGUACAUCAAUGAUCAAUCAGUCAAUCAAUCAAUCAAUCAAUCAAUCAGCAACUCGGUGUACAGCAUUGUCAAGAACAAGAACUUCUAACAUCCUCACGUACCUGCAACAAAACCCCCAAAUGCAACGUUUUCUUAACUUCUAACAUCCUCACGUACCUGCAACAAAACCCCCAAAUGCAACGUUUCCUUAAGUGGAUUGAGAACACGUACAGCCCAGACGAAAUGAUCUGGGCAACUCUAGUUCGGCAUUGGCCUUGGGUGCCUGGCAGCUUCUCGCCGCAUCGGGAUUACGAUUUGACCGAACUGCGAGCUAGAUCCCAUCUGAUCAAUUUCCAGAUUCGCUCUCUGAGGACCAAAGAUUUCGCUCAAAAGCAUGACCCUGUACAGACACAGGGAAAGUACUUCCUCGUGAAAUUUUUGUACAACUACGUGAUCCGAUUCCUAUUAGGCUACGGGGAAGCGGAAAUGGCAGUGAUCCAGAGACGAGGGAUCGUAGAGACGUUGGCGAAAGGAGCAAACUGGAAUUUCAACCCAUUCUUGGCAGAAAAGGUUUUUACAACGCAGAAUUUAUGGAACAACACAUCACACGAAGAAAAAGAAAAACAUCUAAAUCUAAGCAACCACCAGUAGUUGUGGGGAACAUGUUUCUCCAAAUUUUGUUUCUCCAAAUUUUCAUAGCCUCCUCGGUACAUCAUCAAGAUCAACAUCUUUUUUCAGCCUACUUACCCUGUCUGUCGUCGUCGUCGUCGUCGUGGAAAAUACCUCAGUCAUCUCCUCCCCACCACAUCUAUACUUUCAUCCUCCCCUGUUUGUCGUGGAAAAUACGUUCGCGGUGCUUGCGUCUACGGAGCCAUGGACUUGCCGUGGAUCCGGGACCAGCCUCACUGGAUAGCCAACAAGUUCGACCAUCGGUUUGAUGCAAUGCCUAUUCAUUGUCUAGACUGGAAAAAUUUCUGGAGUCAGAGAAUGAAUCACAUUGCUACAACAACUAGAGCAGAUGUGAAUAGUGGCGUAGCAGGGGGAGCGGGAAGAACGAGUCAGAGUCAGACUCAAGAAAAUCCACCUCCUGCUGGUCGCCUGUUGUUAUCUUCAGGUGGAAAUGUAGGCAACUCUACUUUUGCUGGUUCUCCGAGGUAACACGCACUUCAGCUCCACGACUGCGUGAAACAAAUUCCACUUAUACUGUACACCAUCAAGAAUUGACGAGCAGUACCUAGUAUGAUUGUAAAAUCAACAACAUGACAAAGAUAAUGAAAUAGUAAUAGUUGCAUUUGAUGCAACUGGAUGAAAACUAAGUAUAACAUCAU